GGCGAUAUAAAAAGAAGGGGGACAGGGACAGGACGAACCCCAGUAAUGCGCCUCCCUUUCUCUCUCUCUCUCUCGAUCUUGGGCCACCUCCACAGUAGAGAUCGAAGAGAGAGAGAGAGAGAGAGAGAGAGAGAGGUGUCGCUCUCUCUGCUUCGUCCCUCACGAGAACCCCGCCAUUGCCGCCUCUGAGGAGCCCGGAUUCCUCCUUCCCUGUUGAUCGGAUCGGAUCGGAGAGCUCGAACUCUUCUCUUCUCUAGUUCUCCUAGGCGGGGAAGAAGACGCGGAUCGGCUCCGCACUCGCUCGAUCGCUUUCGAAUGAGGAUCGGGACGAAGGUGGAUGCGGAUGGUUGAAGAUAACGCCAGAUAAGGAGAAAUUUGAAGAGAAUGACGAUUACUGUGUCAUCUACCUGAAGCUUUGGGCUUCGAUCAACUUCGUCUAGUAAGUUACUGAAUUCAUAAUCACUGAAAAGAUCUGUUAUAUGUCCUGUUAAAGAAGAAAGUAGGUUGGAGAUCUGAUGAUAAAAGGUUAGAGAAUUAUUUUUUAUUAGAAAAUGAAUGGGAACAGGCCGAUGGAGGUUCAUUAUAUAAACACCGGAUUUCCUUACAGUGUCACUGAAAGCUUUAUGGAUCUGUUUGAAGGCCUUACAUAUGCUCAGGCCGAUGUUGCUCUCGCAGAAGCUUUGCAGGAUCAGGGCAAUCCAUACUGGCCAAUGAUGCACGCUGGUUCAUACAAAUAUAGUUUUACUCCCUCAGGAAGUAGUUCUUAUUAUAGUUUUAGCCAUUUGUACGACAUACAUGAUUACAUACAUAGAUCUGAUGGAGGAAGGAGGGUGUGGGACAACCCUGCAGCUUUAAGCACUGUAGAUGCUCCGCAGGUAGUUGUGCAUAGUGGUGAAGGUCCUAAUAAUAGUACGACCUCUCGCACUGAAGAAUGCAUUAGAGUACCCCAAAAUACAACGAGUUCUCAGGUUAUCUGGCAAGACAACAUUGAUCCUGAUAAUAUGACCUACGAGUUAAAUUCCCUUCAUGUCAAGGACCAAUAUGAAGCUUAUUUUCUCCUUUGCCGACCACCAUGGGUUUCUAUAAUUCACAGACUAAACACAGAAGAAUUGCUGGAUUUGGGUGAGGCAGUUGGGAGUCAAAGCCGUGGUCUUUCUCAAGAACGUAUUUCUAUGCUUCCAGUCUCAAAGUACAAGUGCAGCUUAUUUUCAAGGAAAAAAAACCGUCGUGAGAGGUGUGUCAUAUGCCAGAUGGAGUACAAGAGAGGAGAUCGACAGAUGACUCUUCCAUGCAAGCAUGUCUACCAUGCUGGCUGUGUGGCGAGAUGGCUAAUCAUAAACAAGGCUUGCCCCGUUUGCUUUGCGGAGGUAGUUGUUGAAGAAUCUCAACGGCAAUGAAUUCUAAAUUUCUAAUGACGAUGUGCCUAGACAAUUAUCAGCUAUUUGUACACUUCAAGCUUAAGAUUUUUCCAGCACAUUCAACUUUACAGUCGUGGAGAUUACUCCUGAUGGCUCCCAUGGUUCUUGUUCUCUUUCUUGUGAGUAGAAAGACGAUCGUAGGUUAUAAUAAGUACAGGUGAUGAGACAACUUUGAUGAGGUUUUGCUUGGCUAUAUGACCUAUGAAUCAUUUAUGUUAUUUUCAGUUGUUUAACUUCUUGCUGAAGAUGAUACUACCCUCUCUGCUCUUGUAUACGAGAAGAACAUUUCAUUAGAACAUUUCAUUGACUUUGUUUUGUUUCUA